AUGACUUUGGAAUCAUCGAAUUCGGCAUUUAGUCCUUCCGAGCCUAAAGCAACUUAUGACAGUUUUGACUCUCCGAGUCCACUCCACUACUUUAGGCAUUACGAGUUGAAAGCUAUUGAUGAUAGUGAGGCCGUGGAAGAAGACCUCGGCAACAACCUUCUUGAGGAGUGGCCAAUCAUGUCACUCGCAUAUAGGCAAAAGAUGAGGAGGAGCCUUCCGCAAUUGCACAGUAGCCUACAUCUCUACGAGUUGGCUGAUGUGCUCGAGGACUUUGUCAAAAGCAUUCAGCCUUCUGACAGAACCAUCGCAAUAAGAAAGGCGUUUAUCACCGAUUUGAGGCGAUUACUCCAAGAGAAGUGUUCAGGAUCCAGGUUGAAGUUGUUUGGCUCCUCGGCGAGUGGCUUCGCAACAGAAUCCAGUGAUCUGGAUCUCACAAUGGUGUUUGCCGAAGGUAGCCGAGAGGCAGACACUUGGAGGAGUGGAGUAAAAGAUGAUUAA